AUGACUCAGCCCGUACGAGACCAGCCACAAAAGCAUCAUCCCCCGCAGUGGGUCUCCUUGAUUGCCGGCGGAGUGGCCGGGKGCGCAGAGGCGGCAGUCACAUAUCCAUUUGAAUAUGCCAAAACUCGAGUCCAACUCCUGCAGAGCCGCACGGCCGUCACUUCUUCGAAUCCGCUGCAGCUGAUCUUCAAGGUUGCUCAACAUGAAGGCAUCGGUGCUUUGUAUACCGGUUGCUCCACGCUCAUCAUGGGCACCACCGCCAAAGCGGCAGUUAGAUUCCUUUCCUACGACACCAUCAAAAGUUCGUUAUCCGAUGAGCGGGGGUCACUCUCGCCAGCACGGGGCAUCCUCGCCGGUGUCGUCGCAGGCGCAACAGAGAGUGUAAUUGCAGUCACUCCGACGGAGAGAAUCAAAACCGCAUUAGUCGACGAUGCAAAGCACACGAAACAAUUCCGGUCCAGCAUGCACGCGGUGCAGGUGCUCGUUCGAGCCCAUGGAUUCACGGAACUAUACCGCGGUCUGAUCCCCACGACACUCAAACAAUCAGCCACCUCUGCAGUGCGGAUGGGGACUUACAAUAUCCUCAAGGAGGUGGCCAAGGCACAGGGAUUGGCCCAGGGUGUCUUCACGACCUUUGCAAUGGGUGCCGUUGCCGGGGUCGUCACAGUCUACGCCACGCAGCCUUUUGACACGGUCAAGACCCGCGCGCAGGGCGUCCAGGGCGCAGGCCUCGUCGAAGCAGUUCAGAGCGUGUACUACGAGCAUGGAGUCCGGGGGUUCUGGAAGGGCAGUACAAUGCGGCUGGGAAGGCUAUUGCUCAGUGGCGGCAUUGUCUUUUCCAUAUAUGAGCAGAUGACGGUAGUUCUUUCUGGUGUGGCUUAUCAAUAG